CAGGAGUCCAGCUCUUUGCUUUUUGGUCCGCUCUUUGAAUGAGUCUUCCCGCGUACGCCUUCGUGGAAGCUGUAUAGACUUUUUUUCGUGUGUCCGAAGAAGAACUUUUCGACGCGGACGAUACCUACUCUAAGUGAAUUUUCGGCUUAAUUUUUUUGUGAAAAGGGUUACUUUAAGUUUUUUUUGGAAUGGAGUUAAUUUUUUGGCGCCGUAAUCGGUCGCCUCUUCUACUAGCAGUUAUUUUUAUCACAUUUUUUCACAGCGUCCUCAGUAGGCAUCGAAUCAGACAUUACAAAGACAGAUUCAAACGACAGCAAGGCGCACAUUUGUAUCUUCCGGAAAGUUACGUGACUGAAGGAGGCGAAGAACCUGACCGAGGACCUUGGGCGGAUUGGUCGGAACCGAGUCCUUGUUCCAGAACUUGCGGCGGAGGAGUUAGUACCCAGUACAGACAAUGUCAAGAGGGGUACAAUUGUGAGGGACCUGAUCGGAGGCACUUUUCUUGUAAUACACAGGAUUGUCCAGACACUGGAGACUUUCGAGCACAGCAAUGUUCCCAAUACGACGAAGUCCCAUUUGAAAAUGUCCAUUAUCAAUGGGUCCCAUAUACUAAAGGUCCAAACCCUUGCGAGCUGAAUUGUAUGCCCAAAGGGCAAAGGUUCUAUUACAGACACGCUCCAACGGUUAUAGACGGUACAAGAUGCAAUGAUGAAACUUUAGACGUUUGCGUUAAUGGACAAUGCCAGCCAGUAGGAUGCGACAUGAUGCUUGGAUCAAAUCUCAAAGAAGAUGACUGUAGAAUUUGCGGAGGAGAUGGUAGCACUUGCAAUACUAUUACCAAUACUUUAGAGUUGAAUGACAUGCAAGUUGGAUAUAAUGAUAUUUUGCUUAUACCUGGAGGAGCUACUAAUAUUGUUGUAGAAGAAGUCUCACCAUCAAACAACUAUUUAGCUGUACGGAACACUUCCGGUCAUUAUUACUUAAACGGCAAUUGGCGCAUAGAUUUUCCUCGGACAGUCGAAUUUGCUGGAAGCAAGUUCCACUACGAAAGAUACCCGCAAGGUUUUGCUGCACCGGAUAAGGUUUUCACUCUCGGACCAAUCGAAGAACCACUUUUUAUUGUGCUUUUGUACCAAGACGCUACAGUUCCAGUCAAAUACAAAUACAGUUUGCCAACAAACGUGCAACCUGGUUCCGAUUAUGAAACUUAUGCCUGGACUUUUGAUGAGUAUACUACUUGUACUGCUACAUGUGGAGGAGGUAUCCAACACAGAAACGUCUCAUGUGCCGGUAGAAAAACCUUAGAACCGGUAGACGAAACGUUGUGCGACGCUUCUAGAAGACCGGAAACUUCGAGAAAAUGCAACGAAGUCGCCUGCGAAGCGCAGUGGGUGCCGCAUCCUUGGGAACCUUGCUCGGUACCUUGCGGCGAAGACGGUGGCACCCAAAACCGAGACGUUUCUUGUCAGCAAAUCGUGUCCAAUGGAUAUCCGACUUUGGCUGAUGAAUCAGAGUGUCGGGGACCCAAACCCCCUACUCAGCAAAAGUGUAAUCAAGGAGUAACUUGUGCUCAAUGGCAUACUGAUCCUUGGAAACCGUGCGAUCACUUGUGCGGCGAAGGAAAACAAACAAGACAAGUCAAAUGUUUCAUUAAAGAUGCAAAUAAUAAAAUCCAAAUCCUAGAAGAUGUUCAGUGUGAAGUUAUUGAGCCAAAACCAAUAGAAGAGCAAACUUGCCUGAUAAGGCCUUGUGAAGGUGUUGACUGGAUUACAUCAGAAUGGAGUGGAUGUGACUCUAUAUGUGGCCUCACCAACGAAACAAGAAAAAUCUUUUGCGCAACAGCCAGUGGGCAAAUUCACAGUGACGAAUUAUGCGAUGACAGUCAAAAACCUGAAGUAGUACGAAAAUGUCAGGAAAAUAAAAAUGAAUCUUGCAACUUUUUGUGGUAUGCUUCUCAAUGGAGCGAGUGUUCUGCAAAAUGUGGCAAAGGUAUCCAAACUAGAACCUUGUUUUGUGGUCUUUCCACUUCCGAAGGAGUUAAAAAGGUUGACAAUGAAAAAUGUGAUCAAUCCAAGACGUUUGAGGUGCUUAAAAAUUGUACCGGGACUGAAGAAUGUGAUGGUGAAUGGUUUAGUGGGCCUUGGGGAGAGUGCUCGAAACCAUGCGGAGGCGGUGAAAAAACCAAAAAAGUCGUUUGCAUCAAAGGAAAUGAAGUCGUGGAUGUUUCCCAUUGUGACGGUGACAAAAUUAUAUUCUCCCAGGAGGAUUGUAAUGAGGAACCUUGUACUGAAGAUGCCGAACUACCAGUUGAUAAAGACAAAUCUACACCAUUACAAGAACCAACUACUACUGAACAAGUUGUCACAACUGAAACUGAAACUUUGGAAUCUGCAGAGUCUACUGUUGGCAGUAGCAUUAUCACUGACAAGGAAGGAGCAACUGAUUUGACAGCCUCAGAUAUAUCAGAAAUAACCAAAAGUAUUGACUUUACAACUGAACCCCAAGCUACCGAGUCUGAUAAAACUAUAGAUGAUAAUGAUUAUGAAAUCGUUCCAGCUGAUACCUGCGAUGAUGGAGAAUGGGUAGAUGUAAAUGUAGUUGGAGUGGAAAUGCCUAAAGAAACUGAAGCAAUGAGCGAGAUUACAGAAGAAUCUCCAACUGGAACUACAGAGGCAUUAGAAUCUUCUUAUUCCAUAUAUGAUACAAUGAUGAGUGAUGGUACUACAAUACAAGAAACACCAAUAACUGGCUCAGGAGAUGGUCAAACUUCAACUGUAGAAGAAGGUUCUGGUACUGAACCGUCAUCAAUUGUUACAACUGAUGAAGAAGGCAGCUCAGUUUCAUACAUCAGUUCAUCUGAAAUUAGUACAAUGGCAUCAGAAUCGAUGGCCACAACCAUUAUUUCUGAUUUAUCAAGUCUUAGUACGACUGAAGGAGAAACUACCACAACCGAAAUUUCUGGUUCAACUGAAGCAUCUGCUUCUACAACUGAAGUAUCUGGUUCAACAAUUGAAGUAUCUGGUUCAACAAUUGAAGUAUCUGGUUCAACAAUUGAAGUAUCUGGUUCAACAACUGAAGUAUCUGGUUCAACAACUGAAGUAUCUGGUUCAACAACUGAAGUAUCUGGUUCUACUACAGAAGGUGGCAGCUCUUCAACAGAAUUUGAAUCUACAACUGAUAGUAGUUCUACAACAGACUCAUCAGAAACUACUUCAUCAGAAUUGAGCAGUAUUACUGAAACAAUCACCACGGAAACUUCAACAUCUGACACUACAGAAACUUUAGAAAGCAGUGAAUCCUCUUCAUCAACUGAAACUACAGAAAACACUGAAACUUCUGAGAGUUCAAGUACUGUUGAAGUUGAAACUACAACUGAGCUUAGUAAAAGUAGUGAAACUCCAAGUAUAAAAGAAGAGCCUGGUGCGGAAGCAGCCACUCCACCUCCGAGAGCGCUUGCUGCAGAUGAAACUACAACUAGUAAAGGUUCCACUGAAUCUACAAGUGAAGGUACCACCGAAUUUACUACAAGUGAAUCGACAAGUGUCUCUAGUUUAUCAGAAUCAACAGAGGAAAGUUCAAUAUCAACUAGUGAAGGAUCUACAGAAAUUACUAGUGAAGGAUCUACAGAAAGUACUAGUGAAGGAUCUACAGAAACUACCAGUGAAGAAUCUACAGAAAUUACCAGUGAAUCUACAUUUAUGUCAACAGAAUCAAGUGAAUCAUCUACAACAGAAAUUAGUGGUUCUACGACUGAAUUUACUGAGUCUACUGGAAGUACCGAAUUCGACAUUUUCUCGUCCACAACCGAAAUCGAUGAAUCAACAACAUCUUGGCCAACCUCCCACAUAACCGACAUCUUCAAAAAGCAACAAAAAAUGUGCAAAAGAAAGAAAAUCCUCCAAUGCAAAAAGACACAAUACGGUUGUUGUUGGGACAACAUUCACGCAGCCAAAGGUCCAUUCGAUAAAGGUUGUCCAACUCCAAAAACUUGCAAGGAAUCCACAUUUGGUUGCUGUCCAGAUGGUGUGUCGGCAGCUUUGGGACCCAAAAACCGAGGUUGUCCGUCCAGCCAAUGCAACGAAACGCUGUUCGGAUGUUGCUGGGAUAAGAAAACCCCCGCUCAAGGGAAUGAUGAAGAAGGUUGUCCACCCAAACCACCAGCUUGCCUCGAUUCUAAAUGGGGAUGUUGUAAGGACAAUACUACAGAAGCUCAAGGUCCUAAACAAAAAGGCUGCGAGCCAGAAGAAGAAGGAACUACAGAGCCUUCAAUUGAAUCGACAACUGUGUCAUUUGAGGAUUGCAAAGAAAGUGAUUAUGGAUGUUGUCCUGAUGGAUCUACAGCUCAAGGUCCGCAAUAUCAAGGCUGCAACAUGCCAUGCUCAAACAGUCCUUAUGGUUGCUGUCCAGACAAGGAAACUCCAGCCCACGGCUACAAAGGAGAAGGCUGCUGCCUCAAAUCGGCCUUCGGCUGUUGUCCAGACGAUAUUACACCUGCAAGAGGACCCAACGGAGACGGAUGCGAUUGUCAAUACUCACCCUAUGGGUGUUGUCCUGAUAAAAUUACACCAGCAGAAGGCUACAACAAUGAAGGAUGCGGCUGCAAAUACAGCCAAUUUGGCUGUUGUCCUGAUGACUCUACACCGGCUUCUGGGCCAGAUUACCAAGGAUGUCUUUGUCAUACUUACCAGUUUGGUUGUUGUCCUGAUGGUAUUGCUAUUGCACAAGGACCACAUCAACAAGGUUGUGACUGUAGGCAAAGUGAAUUUGGUUGUUGCGGUGAUGACAAAACUACAGCCAGAGGACCAGAUCAACAAGGUUGCACUUGCGAUCUUAGCAAAUACGGUUGUUGUUUGGAUGGUGUUACUGAAGCUAAAGGAGACAACUUUGAAGGUUGUGAAGAGCUUCUUGUAGAUCACCAAGAAUCAUGUUCGUUACCUAAAGAUCGCGGUCCAUGCAGAAACUACACGGUAAAAUGGUUCUUUGACAUGUCCUAUGGUGGUUGUUCAAGGUUUUGGUAUGGUGGAUGUGAUGGAAAUGAUAACAGAUUUAGAAGCAAAGAGGAAUGUGAAGGAGUUUGCGUUAAGCCACAAGGAAUUGAAAGAUGUAAUUUGCCCAGAGUUAAUGGUUCUUGCGACGGGUACUUUUUGCAAUGGUACUUUGACAAACAAGCUAAACAAUGUUCUCAGUUUAUUUAUGGUGGAUGUCUUGGUAAUAAUAACAAGUUUGAGACUAGAGAGGAAUGCAGCGAUCUUUGUGCUAAAGAUACUAAUGCUGAUCCGUGUGAACAAUCUAAAGCAGAAGGUCCUUGCCGUGGACAACACAGAAAAUACUUUUACGAUAAAAUAUCGGGACAAUGUCAAGAGUUUUACUAUGGUGGUUGUAGAGGUAACAAUAAUAAUUUUGCCACUUUGGAGGCUUGCAAUCAAAGGUGUGCGACUCCUGGUAAAAAGAGAAAUUAUUGCACGAUUCCAAAGGCUGAGGGUAAUUGCACGUCACAGGAAGCCAAAUGGUACUACGGAGCACAACAUCAACGUUGCUUGCCUUUCUAUUAUACCGGUUGUAAUGGGAAUCAAAAUAGUUUUUACAGUAAAGAUGCAUGCAAGAAAGAUUGCCCUAAUGAAGUUGCUAAAGACACUUGUCAUUUACCUGCCGACAUUGGUGAAUGCGGCAACUACGUCACUAGAUGGUACUGGGACACCAGAUACAAAAAAUGCAACCAAUUCUACUUCGGAGGAUGCGGUGGCAACGGCAAUAAUUAUCAAUCGCAACAAGAAUGCGAACAAUCUUGUAACAGGCCCGAACCAGAACCACCAGUUACACCUCCAGCACCUGAACCACAACAACGACAAACUCAGAGGCCUUUACCAACACCUCAAGUUCCUAGUCCGACUGCCAGGCAGCCAACUCUAGAAGAAAUUUGUUCGAUGUCGCCCGAUCCAGGCCCGUGCAACGACCAUUCAAAUCACUAUUAUUACGAUGGUGUUGAGGGUAUUUGCAAAAACUUUACUUAUGGAGGUUGUGGCGGCAACUAUAACAACUUUGAAACCGAAGAUGUUUGUUUGCAAUAUUGUGGUUCAACUAGGGUAGUGCCACAACAAUCUUACAUUACUAGAGGACCACCAACUUAUGAUACUCAAUGUUAUGAAGAUGCUGAUCCUGGUAAUUGUACUGAACAGUAUCAAGCGUUUUACUAUGAUAUUCGUGGAGGAGGUUGCAAGCCUUUUGCCUACACUGGAUGUGGAGGAAAUAGGAAUAGGUUCUAUAGUGAAGAGGAUUGUCAUAGACAGUGUGGAGAUUAUAGAGGACAAGAUAUAUGUAAUCUGGAUCAAGAUACUGGCCCAUGUAGAGCAAGUGUUAGCAAAUAUUACUACGACAGAUAUUCGCGCGAAUGCAAGCAAUUCACUUAUGGAGGUUGUCUAGGAAAUGGCAACAGAUUUACUUCCCCUGAGGAAUGUGCCCAUUACUGUAAACCCCCUGAGGAACCAAAGCCUACUUUAACUGCCGCAGAAGUCUGCCAACUGUCAGCCGAUCAAGGCUCUUGCCUAGAAAGCAAUUUGAAGCGUUGGUACUUCGAUAACACCCAAGGCGAAUGUAAAGCUUUUAUAUUUAGCGGCUGCGGUGGUAAUUUGAACAACUUUAAAACUUUCCAGUCGUGUCUCGACUAUUGUAAAGAUUUCUUACCGUACACUGAAUCUUCUGUUGUUGUACCGGAAAUCGGACGAGAAUGCCAAGUGAAAUUUGAAGAGUGCACUAAUCUGAGAUGUCCUUAUGGUAUUGAAGCUUACGUAGACGAAAACGAUUGUAAUGGCUGUAGAUGCAGGGAUCCUUGCAAAGACUUCGAGUGUCCAGAAGGCACGCAGUGCGGUAUCGAUUUGAACAGGAACAAAACGUCACCGCUCGAUGCUGACUUUGUUGCUAUUUGCAGAGAAAGCAACAAAACUGGUCAUUGUCCCUACCCAACAACCGAAGACACCAAUUGCGACAUCGAAUGUAGAACGGACGCCGAUUGUACUUUACAUCUCAAAUGCUGCGCCACAAGUUGCGGUACUGCCUGCGUAGAACCCGAAAAACCACUAGAACUAGUUACACAAACCAGUCAACCUGGUUACACUUCGGCGCCACAAGUCGAUAUUUAUUAUCCACCAAAGAUUGAUGUAGAAAUUUACGAACCUGAAGUGUCAGCUAUGUUAGGGGAUCAAGCUAUUCUCAAUUGCGCUGUGAGUGGAAAUCCUAAUCCGAAAAUUGUUUGGAGCAAAGACAACAUGAUGAUUGACGGUACCCAACCGAGAUACAGGAUCAGAUUGGAUCAGACACUUCAAAUAAUUACCCUGCACAAAACUGAUUCGGGAGUCUACCUUUGUACUGCUGACAAUGCUAUUGGGGCUCCUAUACAAAAUCAAAUCAAGCUUGAAGUGCAAGAUUCAACCAUCGAUCGUCCAGUAACAAUUCUAAACGGACAAGAUCCUGAACUUCUAAUCAGCAAUAUUGUAACAUCAUUUAACUCGCCUGCGACACUGUAUUGUUACGCUUUGGGCUGGCCAAUGCCAGCCGUAACCUGGUGGAAAGAAGACGAACUAAUCCCGUUGAAAAAUCGCGAAUUCGAAGUCACCAAAGACUAUUCCCUAUUGGUCCAUUCAGUGCAAUUGCGCAACUUGGGAGUGUACACUUGCCAAGCGUACAACGGCAAAGGCAAAGCGGCCAGUUGGUCUGUCACGGUGCGCGCGCAAGGGCCGUACUACAGUACAAAUCCGGCUGACGUUAAAUACAUGCAGUACGUUGUGAAUCCGCCUGAAGCAGCAGUCACGUCUUCCAUUGUGUAUCCUCCUGUUCAAAGACCCACUCCUCAGCCUUAUAUACCUCCGCAAUAUUCCACUGAGCCUAGUCCGGAUUUGGUGGAUCCUAACGAGAUUUUCCCGCAUUUGGUGCCUGAAGCUGAAGGACACGUACCUGAUUCGGUGUAUAUUGUCCCAGUCCGAGCAAAUAUAACAACAAACGAACAAAACUACCCUACAGGAAGUAAUGUAGAAAUUCAUUGUGAAGUGUACGGUUACCCACAACCACAAGUGCAAUGGUACAAAGACGGAAUAGCCUUGGAACCAAACGACAAAAUAUCUGAAUCAGACACUCAUACAUUGACAAUUAAAUCUGCGGAAAAAUCAGAUUCUGGCAGGUACCAGUGCGAAGCAACCAAUCAAUACUCAAAAGCAGCAACUUCAAUAGAAAUCCUAAUAGAAGGAAUGUACAUUCAUCCAAGUUGUACAGACAAUCAAUUCUUUGCCAACUGCAAGCUGAUAGUGAAAGCGCAAUUUUGCAAUCACAAGUACUACGCGAAAUUCUGUUGCAGAUCGUGUACGGAAGCCGGACAAUUGUUGUCCACCAGUAAACAAAAUGCCAUAGAUACCAAUAGUAUUUGAAUUUUCAAUUUGGUCAUUGAGAAUUUCUUGUAGAUAAUUUGUAACUCUAAAUUUGUGCAAUUGCUAUGUCGUGUAAAUAUUAUUUCUUUUUAAAUGUUAAUAAUUUAUGAAAUUAAUUAAUUAUGUAAAAAACAAUGUGUUCAAUUAAUUGUAAAAUGCUGGAAAAUAUAAAAACUUUUAUUGAAGUAAAAAAACUUCAUUUUUAGCCUCACCCUUUCGUUAGCAUAGUGAAGGUCAAAAUAAUCCCAGAGAGAAACUUCUUCCCCCUGUAUCUUUAAUAGUUUCGGAAAUCCCUAUGUAUGAAUCUACUUCAAGCAGGGUGGGCAACAAUCUGGCCUAUUGUAUAAUACUGGAUAGGCAAUUGAAUUUUGAACACUUCUGAACUUUCAACAUUUUAGAAAGCUUUUUUCUUCUCUUUUGAAUAUUUUAAUAGGAUUUUUCUGUGUUAAUUUUUAUAUGGAAAUACCCAUCAAAGUAGAGAAAAUUGUUUGGCAACCCUGACUUCAAGUUAUUCCAAACACCCUGUAUAAUAUGCAAAAAAAAAUACAUAUCUAGAAGCUUUUAAUCAUGAGACUCAAAUUACAGUGUUCCAGUGUUACAGUUACAAUGCAAAUAAACACUGUCCUUUACAAGAGUCUAAAAAAAAACACACAAAUAUAAAUUAUUAUAUUAUUGUCAAAAAUGCAAAUUCUUACUUGUGCUUCUUGUACAGUAUUUGCCCAAUCCUCUUUAGCCAUCCUAGGUACCAGAGCCAACAGUAUUUGUAAGACUUUUUUGACAUUUUGUUGAAAAAUCUCCAGAACGUAUUUGUGAGAUACUUUAUUGCCAGUGUCCCUCCAGCAGUCAUAAUCUGUGGCCAUGCCUAUAACUGCAUAGCAUAGACCAGCUUCUUUAGCUAAAACUGCC